AAGAGAACAAAAUAAUUUGUAGCAGAAAAACAAUCAAAUCCACUGUGAUUAAUGGAUUUUUGAUAAAUUUUAUAAAAAUUAGAACAUUAAUUUGAUUACAAAAUAAUUAGAAUUAUAGAAAUAUAAAUUACAAAACCAUAAAGUUUAUAAGUCAUAGAAAAUAAUGGAAAGUCCCUAUGCACCAUUAAGUGAAUCCUGUGCGAAAGCACUAGGGGAUAAAGUUUAUGACAAACGCAAACUGGCUUCACAGGAAAUAGAAAAAAUGGUUACCGACUUUAACAUAAAAAAUAACUCGGCCCAAAUACGUAAACUAAUUGAAGUACUUUCAAAUGAUUUUGCCUCCUCCCGAGACGCUAACAAAAGAAAGGGUGGUCUUAUAGGUUUGGCAGCAACCAGUUUAGGCUUGGGAAAGGAUUCCUCUAAAUAUGUCAACGAAUUGGUCAGUCCAAUACUCAAUUGUUUAAGUGAUCAAGAUUUACGUGUACGCUACUUUGCCUGUGAAUCACUCUACAAUGUGGUUAAGGUGGCUCGUUCCUCUAUCAUACCCUUUUUUCCUGAUCUAUUUGCUGCCUUAUCGCGCCUGGUGGCCGAUUCUGAUCAAAUGGUCAAAGAUGGCAGUGAACUACUGGAUCGUUUACUUAAGGACAUUGUUACCGAGUCAUCACAAACCUUUAAUCUGGAGGCUUUUAUACCUCUAUUAAAGGAACGCAUUUAUGUCAAGAACUCUUUUGUAAGACAAUAUGUUAUCUCCUGGAUUUCUAUAUUGAAUGCUGUUCCCGAAAUUAAUAUGGUCAUUUACUUAACGGACAUAAUUGAUGGUCUCUUUACGAUGUUGGAAGAUAAUACCCAGGAAAUACAAAGAAUGUGUGAAACAACUUUGACACAAUUUCUCAAAUCUAUACGCAAUGAUUCGAGUUCUGUUAAAAUGGAAGAUACAAUCAAUAUACUCAUAACCCAUGCACAAUCACCAAAUGAAUUGAUUAAGUCUAUUGCCAUUACUUGGAUACGUGAAUUUGUUAUAAUAUUUGGCUCGAAUGUUUUACCAUAUGCAAGUGGCAUUUUUACAGCCAUAUUACCCUGCUUGGAAUAUAAUGUUGAUAAUAUGAAAAACAUUAAAGAAUGUGCGGUGUCCGUUAAUAAGUCAAUGAUGAAUUUAGUGUCAUCCAAGGAGCAUAAAUCGAAAAAUAUUGAACAAAUAGAUUUACGUUCAAUAAUGGCAGUAUUAUCACAAUACCUAACACACAAUUCGGUACAAACUAAAGUUGCGGUAUUGGAAUGGAUACAUCAUUUACUCAUCAAUUUUCCCAAUGAAAUGGCAAAUCACACCACACAAUUGGGUAAUAAUCUGUUAAGUAUAUUAUCGGAUAAAUCAGAUGAAGUGGUUUUGAAAUGUAUAUCCGUUUUGGCAGAAAUUGUCAAUUCACAGCACUCCAAAGAAACAACUGAUUUUAACAAAGCCCACUACCGUACAUUUUUACUAAGUUUAGUUAAUUUAUUUAAUGAAGAUAAAAGUUUUUUAGAUAAUCGUGCCAGUCUUAUAAUCAGGCAACUUUGUGUUUUGUUAAAUGCUGAAUAUAUAUAUUUAACAUUUUCCGAAAUCAUAGCUGAAGAGUUGACAAAUCUUAAAUUUGCAUCAUUAUUGGUAAGACUCUUAAACAGCAUACUAAUGACUUCUUCGGAAUUAUUUGAAUUACGCACUUUCUUAAGAGACAUAUCGUGCGAAAAGUCAGCUAAACUUUUUAAAUGUCUUUACAUAAGUUGGGCCCAUUGUCCUGUGUCUACACUGUCGUUAUGUUUGUUGGCUCAAAGCUAUCAACAUGUGUCAGAACUGGUAGUGUUAUUUGCUGAUGUGGAGAUAACAUUGGAACUUUUAAAUGAAUUGGAUAAGCUGGUGCAAUUAAUAGAAACGCCCAUUUUUGCAUCUUUACGGCUUACCUUGGUUUCAAAAGCAAACAAUUGUGCUGAUGCCCAGUAUUUGGCACAUGCCUUAUUUGGAAUAUUAAUGCUACUACCUCAAACAGAUGCAUUUAAUAUGCUCAAGAAUCGUUUACAAUGUGUACCCAAUUAUUGGGGACAACAGCCCAUCAAUGAAAAGCAUUCCCUACAAUAUAAAAGUAAUAUAAAUUUUGUUGAAUUAUUGGAUCAUUUCAAAAAGAUCCAAAAGGCCCAUCGUGAUCUGCGACUGACACAGCGCAAACGCAGUGUUAUAGUAAAUGAUACAGCUAUAUAAAUGCAUAUGACAAAUAAAAUUAUUUAUACAAUCAAUAAAUAUAUGUAUGUAGUAUAUUAUUAUUAAAUCUUAAGCUGUGAUGCUAACAAAAAAUUUAUAAUUUUACUAAUAUUAUGUUGUAAAUUUCAUUAUUAUUUAUGAUUUUUCAUAUUAUAUUUUUUUAAUUUUUGCAAUUUUAUAAAGUUCAUAAUAAAGGCUUUUUAUAUGAUAUUGUUACCUAUGGAAAAUGAA